CUACUUUUUACCAUUAUUUGGGCGGGAUGUGAUAUUUUGAGCAUCUUUAUCUGCCAUUUUGGCCGUUUCUACCUGUGUAGGUAUAAACAAUAGAUACUCCUAUAAAUCGGCCGGUCCACUAACACUAAUUAGUUUGUUGACGGGGCACUAAAUUCAGUAGUUUAACAUACAACGGCUAAAAACGUCAAAACCAUUUUAAUUUAGUUUGAACCUUUUCCCCCCCUGUACAAUCAUUUUUCGAUCAAAGCUCUGUGAUAAAAUACUUUAAAAAGUUAACAGCUGUUUACAUAGUUAAGUGAAGACUUUUAAUGUUAAACACACAAUCAUUUUGAAUUUUAGUUACGUUUUUGUUAGCCGAAAUGAUCAGUGCACUUGCUACCAGGCCCCGGCCCGACCACGAAGUCGAGUGUGCGGCACAGCGGCGAACAAGUAGAGCAACGGCGGGGAAGGUUGGUCGAGUUCACUGCGGUUCAGAACACCGGAAAGAGGAUUUCAGGUCGAGAGUGCUGAACAUGUCUUAUCGCACAAAUCCAGACUCGACGCACACCUGUGGGGAAAACGCCAAGGACGAUAAAACAGAGUACGUGGGGAGUCUGGACGUGCCCAGGCCCAACAGUCGGAUGGAGAUCGUGGCAGCCAUGAGGAGAAUCAGGUAUGAAUUCAAGGCCAAGAACAUCAAGAAGAAGAAGGUCAGCAUAGUGGUGUCUGUGGACGGGGUGAAGGUGAUACUGAGGAAGAAACAGAAAAGGAAAGAAUGGACGUGGGAUGAGAGCAAGAUGCUGAUCAUGCAUGAUCCCAUAUACAGGAUUUUCUACGUGUCUCAUGACUCCCAGGACUUAAAGAUCUUCAGCUUCAUCGCGAGAGAUGGUUCCAAUAAUUCCUUCAGAUGUAACGUCUUCAAGUCAAAGAAGAAGACGCAGGCCAUGCGUAUUGUGCGCACAGUAGGUCAGGCCUUUGAAGUUUGCCAUAAGCUCAGUCUGCAGCACGCUGAGCAGGAUGCAGACGGACAGGCGGAUGGAGAGAGUGACAAGUCCACAGAAGAGUCCAGCAGUCACGAUCGUAAGCUGACGGGGGCGGAGCAAGGGGAGGAGGAGGAGCAAGACGGCAAACUUGUAGGAAGACGAGGAGGAGAAGAUCCUUCAGCUGGAACUUCACUGUGUGAAAAGGCAGUCAGCGAGAUCCUGCAGAGUCUGGCUGAACUGAACGUAGUCAAACCUGGACAGACCAUUAUAGACUUUGAUCGGAGGUCCCUCUUCACCGUGACGUCCCAAGGCGUUACUCCCAGCAGCCCUUGCUCUCGCUCUCUCACGCCGCUGGCGUCGCAGCAUUACCUGCAGCUUCUGCAGCAGCAGCUGCAGCAGCAGCAGCAGCACACACAGGUGGCUGUCGCACAGGUGCAGCUGUUGAAAGAUCAGAUGGCGGCAGAAACUGCAGCUCGUAUGGAGGCUCAGGCCCGCGUCCACCAGCUGCUGCUGCAGAACAGGGACUUGCUGCAGCACCUGGCCCUCCUCGUGCAGCAGCUGAAAGAGCUGGAGGCCCGCUUCCCAAAAACACAGCCAGGGCAGCAACAGCAGGAGCCUCUAGCUAAUGGACACAGCGGUCCGCAGUCACCGUGCAGCGCAGUGACAUCAGCGAAGGCUCUGACGCUGAAUCUGAAGAACCACAGCCAGACUCUGGACCAGCUCAUCACCUCCACACCUGCGUGGCCCCCACAAACCUCCCCCCUCUCCCCCACCCAGGUGCACUGCGCUGAGUCCUACCUGAACCUGCUCAACCUGGAGAACGGCACCGACCCGGCCCCGCCAGUCAACGGAGACCCGGACCCCUUCAUCAGAGCCACAGCGGACGACAAGGAGAGCUCGUGCAAUGAUAUCGUCCCUUCCACGCUGAGGAACUCCGGCAACAUGGAGGACAAAUAUAAACAGAUGAUCCCUAAACUCGACCCCCCCCCCCUCUAUGAACCGCAAGCGUGCCAGCAGGACUUUCUCUCCGGGGUCCGAAGUCCCAGCUGUGCCCGCGCCCGGAGAGGUCACCGCGACUGACGGCGCCCCCAGCUGCAGCAGCAGCAGCCUCUCGUUCCCGGACUUCACGCCGAGCUCCGUGUCGUCUGCUGAUUUCCACUCCCUGAGCAACGGCGAGAGCGGCUCCUGCUCGGCGAGCGAGGACUCGGGCGUGCGCUCCGAGACCAAGUCCCUGCUGUCGCCGCCGCGUGAUGAUGACGACCUGUUCGGGGACCACGGGACGUUUUUGACGGCGUCCAGCGGCUGCGACAGUCCCCUGGAGGAGAGGCAUGAGUCGUACCCCACCGAGCCCCUCGCCUCACAUCCGGACACCUGCGAGCGGCCGCCGCCCGUCUUCUCUCCUCUGGACGACACCUGCCUCCACAUCAGCUUCUCCGAGGACGAGCUGCUGGAGAGCAACCAGGAAGAGCCUAACGUCCCUCAGCGGAGUUAGGACGACGAGCCCCCGCAGAGCUUUCACUACGUCCUUCGAUCGGCUCCUAACGCCGUCAGACGCUACGCUUGCACCGGGCUCCACAUCAGGACCUUUAUUAUUCCGUCCACUCGUGACACAGACGUAGCAUAUACCAGUAACUGCAAAAUAAUCUAUUGUAUAAAUUAUUAGCCGACGGACAGAUUUAGUAUUUUUGUAAUGAAAUUAAUGAUCUAAUUUUCUUUUCAGUGACUAGAACGUUGAGCAGAAUACAUGUAGCAAGUCUUGCACUGUUAAGGUCCCGCCUCAGUUAGAACGUGAGGGAACACGUCUUAUUUUUGCUAGUAGUCGACCUUAAAAUGUUGUUUUGUAUGACGCUUCUGCUGAGCUGCCAGCUGGUGUGGGACAUGUCUGCAGAUUUCACAAGAGCCAUCGCGACGAUGUUGGGAAGAGCCUCGCAUUCUGUGACGCACCGAGGCGGGAAGAAAAGAACCAGGAAGUCAGAUGAAGGCAAAAGGGAGGAUAGAAGUGAGGUGUAGCUGUGGUUUGGUGAACGCACAUCCGCGUGUGGGACGUUUUGUUUUCAUUAUCAUUAGUUGGAUGGAUUUUCAGAAUGUUUUCAGCGACUUGUGUUUUGGGUUUUUAGAUUUGCAGGUUUUUGAAGCAGCGCUGAGGAAAUGGAAAACACGAGUAGAAGAUAAAUAUUUACUAAAUAUUUGUCAUUGGACUGAGAUUUUAUAAUAAUAAUAAUAAGAUUUAUUUGUAGAGCACCUUUCAUAUAAGAAUUUCAGCCCAAAGUGCUUCACAGCAAACAUAACAAUUAGUACAAGGACAGUAAGAGCAUUUACAGAACAACGAUCAGUGUAGAUGUACACGAGGCUGAAGUAGCAUUAUACAAAUAGCAGAAUUCAAAUAGUGUAAAAUUAUAGAUUAAGGGAUAAAUAAUACAAAAGAUAAUAAAAAUAUUUAAUUUGCUCCAUGUAGCUGUUCAAAUCCCCUUUCUUUGUUGUUAUGCACGUGGCAAGAGUUUCCUGCGUGAUAUUAUAUAAUAGUUACUAUCAGUUAAGCGCAGGUCUAACGCUCGACGGGUAGAAGCGAUAAUAAAUGGACACGAGAGGACAAGCAGUUUCGGUGUGACGGUGUAAAAGGUUUUAACACCCAGAAUCGAGGCUCUUCUCAACAUCCCGUGUGGCAGGAAGCUGAAACAGCAAUAACACACUGAAGAAAAACAUAAUAAAGAGGAAUAGUUGAACUUCA